AUGAAGUUCCCGUUGUCACGCGCACCCUUCGGUGCCUACCCGUCGCUAUCCGCAGCACAAACGGAGCGGAUCGAGCUAAUUGUUCAGCAGACUUUAGCAGAGACCCUAGCAGAGUACGAAUCGCACCAGCACAAGCAGCGGCGGCUGCUACCCCGAUCACACUACAAGGCCGUCAAGAAGGUGGAGAACCUCAUCUGCUACCGCCAGCGAUCGGGAGUCGCACCCGAGUCAAUGCUGACCCCUGUAUCACGCCCCAGCCCAGUCCGCACCAACACAUUGUCACGAACAUCGACGACGGCCUCAUUCGCGUCCGCCACCGACGGCGACACGACCUGGCGCAUUCCGAAGCUGGUGACGGUUGGCACAAUGGUCGGGACGCUGGAGGACGUGAUGCACGGAUUGCUCGCUACGGACGCGACCUCGACCUUCAUUCGGGCCUCGUACACCAACGAGGAGCUGCUGGACGCUGAGCUGCUUCACCGCAUCAAGUCGCCCACGCCCGAGAGGCCGUUCCAGUUCUGCGGCAUCAAGUGGCACGUGCUGGAGCUGACCAAGAUCACCUCUAAGCGCGACUUUGUGUUUGUCGAGGCAUCCGGAGUCCUCGACCGCCCCAACGGCGAGCGCUUGGGUUACCACAUCAUGCACUCCGUUGACCUUCCUGGUCUCGGCGAACUGCCGGAGCAGUACCAAGUGCAGCGAGGUCGCAUCGUAUCUUGCCACCUCUUCCGGCAGCUCCAGAACAACACGGUUGAUGUGUACAUGAAAGGCCUGGUGGACCCGAGCGGCCACAUGCCUGCGGCCGUGGCCGUUGCGUCUACAGUUGGUGCGCUACUGAAGCUCGGCCAAGCCGUCGAGUGCUCGCACAGUAAGAAGCUCGAGUACUUGCUG